GGUUUGUUUGUGUUGUGGGUGGUACGUGUGCAGCCCGGGGGAAAAGCUGGAAAUGGCCGCGCCGAGCGGGAGGUCGCAGUCCACUCUGCACCGGAAAGGGCUGAUGGCGGCAGACAGGAGGAGCAGGAUACUGGCAGUCUGUGGUAUGCAUCCUGACCAUCAGGAAACUCUGAAAAAGAACCGCGUGGUGCUGGCCAAACAGCUGCUGCUGAGUGAACUGUUAGAACAUCUCCUAGAAAAGGACAUCAUCACUUUGGAAAUGAGGGAGCUCAUCCAGGCCAAAGGGGGCAGUUUCAGCCAGAAUGUGGAACUCCUCAACCUGCUGCCCAAGAGGGGUCCCCAGGCUUUUGAUGCUUUCUGCGAGGCCCUGCGGGACACCAGGCAAAGUCACUUGGAAGACUUACUGCUCACAACUCUCUCUGAUAUUCAGCAUGCACUUCCGCCGUUGAGCUGUGACUAUGACACAAGUCUCCCUUUCUCGGUGUGUGAGACCUGCCCCCCUCACAAGCAGCUCCGCCUAUCCACAGGUACUACGGAACACUCCUUAGACAAUGGUGAUGGUCCUCCCUGCCUUCAGGUGAAGCCAUGCACUCCUGAGUUUUAUGAAGCACAUUACCAGCUGGCCUAUAGAUUACAGUCUCAGCCUCGUGGCCUGGCGCUGGUGUUGAGUAAUGUACACUUCACUGGAGAGAAAGACCUGGAAUUUCGCUCUGGAGGGGAUGUGGACCACAAUACUCUAGUCACCCUCUUCAAGCUUUUGGGCUAUAAUGUCCAUGUUCUACAUGAUCAGACUGCACAGGAAAUGCAAGAGAAACUUCAGAAUUUUGCACAGUUGCCUGCACACCGGGUCACAGACUCCUGCAUAGUGGCACUCCUCUCACAUGGCGUGGAAGGUGGCAUCUACGGUGUGGAUGGCAAACUGCUUCAGCUCCAAGAGGUUUUUCGACUUUUUGACAAUGCUAACUGUCCAAGCCUACAGAACAAGCCGAAAAUGUUCUUCAUCCAAGCAUGCCGUGGAGAGGAGACGGAUCGAGGGGUCGACCAGCAAGAUGGAAAGAACCACCCACAAUCCCCUGGAUGUGAGGAGAGUGAUGCUGGCAAAGAGGAAUUAAUGAAGAUGAGACUACCUACUCGCUCGGACAUGAUAUGUGGCUAUGCUUGCCUGAAAGGCACUGCUGCCAUGCGGAACACCAAACGGGGUUCCUGGUACAUUGAAGCCCUCACUCGGGUUUUCUCAGAAAGAGCUUGUGACAUGCACGUGGCUGACAUGCUGGUUAAGGUGAAUGCCCUUAUCAAAGAGCGUGAAGGCUACGCCCCUGGCACAGAAUUCCACCGAUGCAAAGAGAUGUCUGAGUACUGUAGUACUCUGUGUCGGCAGCUCUUCCUGUUCCCAGGCCACCCACCCACGUGAUGCCACCUGCUGUUCAUGCUGUUGGAGGCCACUGGACUGCUGGGGGCACAAUGGAGCCUUCUCUUCAAGAUGGUUUUUCUGUCUACCCCCUCAGGGAUAAAAGACUACCAGGCUUGUUUCCUGUCGGCCAUCUCCAUCUUUGGGUAUGAGACUUAAGGAUAGCUCUUCCCGUGUGGUGCUCUCUCCCUGUAGAGCCAGCUCUGAAUGGAUUUGUUGCCAGGAGCAUUUUGGUUACAGCCAAAGAGCCUGGAAAAUGACAUUAUGAACACAGUAUUGUUGUGGGGAGAGAGCAUGUGGAUUUCUCAAUGUUUGAUAUUUCUGUUCCGAAGGCUCUUAGGGAUACUUUGGUUAUUGCUUUUUUUUUUUCUUUUUUUUACAUCAUUUAAGGUAUCUCAGAGAUCAUCUCCUAUCUUUUUUUCAUAUCUACAACCUCAUUUAUCCCACAGUGAAGAUUUGGAAGAUGUCCCAAUUUAAUGUGGGUAUGUUCAUCUAUCUUGAUGAGGCAGUGAGACUUAGACACUGCUACUGUGAGCAGAAGUUCCUGUGCAUACUUUUGAGUGUAGGCCUGAGGUGAAGAACCAUGUCCUCAGCUUUACCCUGGGCUCCUUGUGCUCUGUGCACCCAGCCUUUGACCAGAGCCUCAGGUCUGCAUGCUGUGACACUGGAAGUUGUGGACAGUUCCCUGGUCAUGCUUUCUUUGAAUUGUCACCGAAAUGAACCUUGUAGGCAUUUCAAUAUAAACACGCAGUGAUAGGUAAACAUGCUGUGUCUCACACUGUCACCUGUCACCAGGAUGUCUCCUUCCUUACUGUGAUUUCUGCUGUGCAGUUAAACUGAACUUCACAUCCAGUCUCCAGGAAAUUUCUUGCUUUGCACUGAUUCCCCUCUUCAUUUUCCUCCCAUUCACUGUUUCUGCCAAGUCUGUGAAGUCCUCCUUUGCAGGAUCUUCUGGCCACUGAGGGUGUGCUGUAUCUUGUUCCUGCCAUCUGCUUGAGCAUGCGGUUCCUUCAGUGUUAGGAGGCAUUACCCCCUUCUCACUGUCUCUGUGUUAGUGAGGAUAGUAGCAUACGUGAUAGACCAUUAACCUAGAAGCACUUGUCUCUGCUUUUAUGAAACUUUUUUAUUCUUUAAAACCUUUUGCAUUUCCAUUUUUGCUUCUCUCCCAGUUUAUUCUCCACAUAACAGUAGUUUCGGUUUUUAAAAUAUCUGAUGAUGUCACUGCCCUGCUUAGAACACUAGCUUCCUGUUACACCUCAUCUAAAAUUCAAAUCCUUACCCCACUUUAUGAGAUCUGGCUCUUACCUUCCCUUUGGAUCUCAGUAAAUGGUGAUUUCUCACUGUGCUCCAGCCCCUCUCAGUUCCUCCUUCACUGCCGCAGGUGUUUUGAGCACUUCUUUAGGAUAGUAUCUGAUUCUCGAGUCUAGUGAAGGCCUCUGGUCCAUGCUAUCUACGAGCAGUCUUCUGUACCUCUUCUGACUGCAUCCUGGUGGCCCUUCAUUGUGCUUACUGCGGUUUGUAAAGGCACAUUUGCAUGUUUUGCUUGUUGAUACCUUCCCUACUAAGCUGAAAGCUCCCAGAGAGCAGAAACCAUGUUUCUUACUUACUGUAUACCCAGUACCUGGAACUUACUAGGUCUUCAGUGAAUGUUUCUUGAAUAAAGGAAGGAGGCAAGCAGCUAACUCUAGUUAAAUCCUGCCUUUAACAAUUUCUAAAUUGCUAUUAUAGUAUGCAGUUUAAUUAGUAUUUGUACUCUUCUGGUUUUUUUCAGGUGUUUUAUUUUUAUCCACUGAUUUAUUGUUUGUUUUUAAACCGUUUGAAGACAUAUCACGUGUGAGACAACUUCCUUCACAUCUCCAUGGUGCCCAGCAUAUUUGAGGCCUAUGGUAGUUGAGGUGCUCAAUUAAUAUUUGUUGUAUGAACCAGGUGGUUUGAAGACUUGCUGCCAAAUUCUGCCUUUGGGUCAGUAUAGGAUGCAUAUAUUUGUGUGGUAGAAUCUUCACACUUCCCACUGCCAAGAUUUUGUAUUGCCAUCAGGUGCCAAAUAAAUGUUGUACUUAUUACUGA